UACACUACAACAUGAUGGGAAAUGUAGUUCGCAGGAUUUCAAUAAAUACUUGGGAACGCUGAUUCUACUUCCUCUUUACUGCACGAGCCUGAGGAAGACAGGCACUUCUGAUCCACCAUGCCCGUUGCCAGGAGUUGGGUCUGUCGUAAGACAUACGUCACCCCCCGUCGUCCUUUCGAGAAGUCUCGUCUCGACCAGGAGCUCAAGCUUAUUGGGGAGUAUGGUUUGAGGAACAAGCGUGAGGUGUGGAGGGUCAAAUUCACCCUGGCCAAGAUCCGCAAGGCCGCCAGAGAGCUGCUCACUCUGGACGAGAAGGACCCCAAGCGUCUGUUUGAAGGUAAUGCCCUUCUGAGGCGUCUGGUGAGGAUUGGCGUGCUGGAUGAGGGCAAGAUGAAGCUCGAUUACAUCCUGGGCCUGAAAGUUGAGGACUUUUUGGAGAGGAGGCUACAGACACAGGUGUUCAAGCUGGGGCUGGCCAAGAGCAUCCACCAUGCCCGCGUGCUGAUCCGCCAGAGGCACAUUCGUGUCCGCAAGCAGGUGGUGAACAUCCCCUCGUUCGUGGUCCGCCUGGACAGCCAGAAGCACAUCGACUUCUCCCUUCGCUCUCCAUAUGGUGGUGGUCGCCCCGGCCGCGUUAAGAGAAAGAACGCCAAGAAGGGCCAAGGUGGAGCCGGAGGAGCUGAUGAUGAAGAGGAGGAUUAAAAUGGGAAUGUCUUCCUGGAAGUAUUGGCUUCCUGAUGUUCCUGGUUUUUUCAAUAAAGUUUUUGAUUUCA